AUGGGGAGGAUCAUGCUUUCCUCCCUCUGCUUACUGAUGCACCUGCUUCAGAAUGAGAUCACUUCACUUGCAGUUUUAGAAAACCGAGACCUGCAAGAUUUGAUUCAGCCGCAGAAGGUAGAGUUUCGUUCAUUAAACUUCAACAGCACUUUGCACUGGCAGCCUGGGUGGGCCAGAGAGGCAAGAGACACGCUCUACUUUGUACAGUAUAAAAUGUAUGGGCAGAGCACAUGGCAAAACAAAGCUGAGUGCUGGGGGAUUCGAAGCCAUGUCUGUGACCUAACACAUGAGACCUCUGACAUCCAGGAGCCUUACUAUGGCAGAGUGAAAGCUGCAUUGGCUGGUGUCUAUUCCAACUGGAGCCUCAGCUGCAGAUUCACUCCCUGGCGAGAAACUAUGAUAGGACCUCCAAUGGUAACUGUGGUUCAUAGCAACAGAUCCAUAACAGUAAAGCUCCAGGCUCCACGUUCUCCUUAUAAAAGGAAGAGAGGAAGCAAGAUACCAAUGACAAAUUAUUAUGAUCUGCUUUAUCAAGUCUUCAUAAUUAACAACUUGCUAGAUGAGCAACACAGAGUCCUGAUGUAUGAAGGAAAAGACAAGGUUAUUAAAAUAAAUGAUUUGAAGCCAGGAGUCAGCUACUGCAUCGAGGUUAAAACGUACAUGCCUAUGCUGGACCGCAGCAGUACGUACAGCAGCAGGCAAUGCACCAUGCUACAAUGA